UUGGGCAACUAAAGUUUUUCAUUCCAAAUGAGGACGGACAAAUGCGACACAUGUUCCCAAUCCCAGCCUUCUCCCAAAUGGAGAAAGAACAGCUUACUUAAGGCAUGCGUACAAAUUUGAGCUAUAAAAUUUCCUACUCACCUAACGCUAUGCGUAAGCCCUUUGGUUCAGACAGAAGUCUGUUUUCAAUCUGAAACGAACAAUGCAAACCAUGGGUUUGACACACUGCUUGUUAAUAUCAGCAGUUUUAUACCAGUCGUGGGCACUGAGGGAGGUUGGUUACGGCUUGGAGCUGGAGAUGCUGAGUCGGGAGUUGCUGGAAUCGGCCAGAAAGCCCGAGUUCUUUCAAUGGAUGACAGAGUUGAGGAGAAGAAUCCAUGAUUACCCAGAACUGGGGUUUGAGGAGCACCGGACGAGUGAACUCAUUAGGGCCGAGCUUGACUCGCUGGGAGUCGGAUACAAGUGGCCUGUUGCCAAGACUGGCGUGGUGGCUUCUUUUGGGUCUGGUGCUAAACCAGUUUUUGCUCUUAAAGCUGACAUGGAUGCCCUCCCCUUGCAGGCACUCUCUCUCUCUCUCUCUCUCUCUCUCACACACACACACAAACUUUCUUCUAGAUUUGAUCAGUCGGUAGUAAAGUUUUGUAUUAUGUUUUUGUGAUUAUUUUUUCUAAGAAAUGGGGCCCCAUUAUCUAUCACUCUGAUUUUGACAAACAAACACAAUCACGCACUUGUUCUAUUAAAGGCUGAAAGCCCCUCCAAACAGAGGGGCCAAAAGCGUUUAUACUUGCCUCUGCUUUGGUCAUUAGAGCUGGCUAGCCCAUUAUCCAAGCACUGGCGAUAAGUAUUUCUGCAGCUAUUCAUUUAACACUCCAUUCUAUUAAAUAUGCGUGAUCUUUAAAAUCAGUAUUACCUUUUGGAAAGAAUUGGUAGACUGGGACCAAAAGAGCAAGGUUGAAGGCAAGAUGCAUGCAUGAUUCCCAUGUAGCAAUGCUACUUGGAGCAGCUAAGUUACUCCAGGCCAAAAGACAUCAAUUGAGGGGAACUACGAAACUAGUUUUCCAGCCCGCUGAAGAGGGUUAUGCUGGUGCUUACCACAUGUUGCAAGAUGGCGCUUUAGGUGACAUCAAUGCUAUCUUUAGUAUACAUGUCCUCCCAUCAUUCUGGACCGGUGUCAUUGCUUUAAGGCCUGGUCCAGUGCUUGCAGGUGUUGGGAUCUUCUCAGCAACGAUUCAAGGUAAAGGUGGACAUGCAGCGGGGCCACAUGAGACUAGGGACCCAGUUCUCGCAGCAGCCUUCUCAAUCAUUGCUCUCCAACAGAUUGUCUCUCGAGAGACCAAUCCUCUUCAAGCAAGGGUAUGUUUUUUCUUCCUAUCUCUGAUCUCUGUUAUAUUGCCAGUUAGUGCGAAUUAGAUUUGUUCUCUGAUUUGGUGCAUAAUCGUGUGUAUCUGAGUUUUACAUACCAAAUUCAAAACUGAAAUAUAUUCUAAUGCGAUAUUUACACA